AUGUUCUCAUUUGAACUCACAAAUACACAGGUGAAAUGUGACCGCCAAGACCCUUGCGUGAACUGCACCGACGCAGGCGCAGAAUGUCUUCGGAAUCGUCAAGCUCGCAUUCACAGGCCACGAGUCUCUCGGCUAGAUGCAUUGACAGAAAGACUUGCAAGGCUUGAAGAAUCGAGCAUUCAUGAGACAGAACACUCAGCAAAUCGGCAUGUUGCCAAUAGCUUGUCUACAUCUACAUCACCUUUGGCUGGACUGCCAAGCAUUUCCGAUGGAUCCAACGAGCAACAGAAGCGCCAUUCAGCAUAUGACUCCCAGCAACAGCUACCAGCAAGCAAGCGCCAUAAGUCUCAGGCUAUGGCUCCGUCAAGUGCUCACCAUGUGCAUUCCCCUGACUCAACACACCAUGCCAGUGAAGCACGGGGAUAUAUCGAACAUGAACUUCAGUGUAACCCGGCUCUGUCAAAGGAUCGGCGGACUGCGCUUGAAUCGGCCCGACGUUUCGUUGGUCAGCUAUCCAAUCCGACUUUGCACUUGGAAGAGACUGCACUCAUGGAUGAUAUUGAUGUUGAGGAUGAUCUGGAGCCUCCGGUGCUUACACCAGAGCUUCUAUAUAUGAUGCUUCCUGGGCCCGACAAAAGAACAAACUCCCAGGGAACUGUUUCUUGGCCUGAUCACAUAUCCGACAAAGUCUUGGAGCAAAUGGGACUUGCUAUCAUUGAAAAUAGUGAGUGUGAGCAAGUCCUCCAGCAUUAUCGAAUCAAUGUGUGGGUAAAGGCUAUGGGCUGCAUAUCGAAAAUGGCGCCGUUGAUCACCAGUGAGCCAUUGACGAUACAUUUUCGAACACUCAAAAAGCGAUAUGAAGCAGCUGCUACAGAGUUGUUGAAUCAAAUUCCGUUGGCGGCUGCCCCCAGUCUUCUUCUGCUCCAAUCCCUGAUGUCCGCGGUACGGCUAAUGCAAUACCUGGGCAAUAUGUCACGUUGCUGGAUGUUCACAGCUCUGGCUUCCAGAGUGAUUAUUUCUCUGAACUACCAUAACAUUACAGACGUUCAUCCUGGAAGUGAGAUUGAGGAGAGCAUCCAUUCCUGUGUUUACACAUGCUACUACUUCGACAAAACACUGAGCUUACUGCUUCUUCGACCUGCGUCUCUGCCAGACCUGAAAGUGGCACCAACGAAACUGAUCCAUAUCGACCCCGAGCUUCCGACUUCUGUUAUGAAAAGAGGCAUAGUUGAAUAUUCAGAGUUGAAGGAUGUCCUAUUGAACAUCCUGCUCGAUACAAAGAGCAUAAUCGACACAACAAAGGCUGACAUGUUAUCUGAUUUGGUGACACGGGCACACAUAAUAAAUUCCAACAUGCAAAAGGUUCGUGAGCGUCAGAAAAAAGAGUUCCCACAAUCAUGGGACUACCUGCAACGCGAGUGGCUAUCGAUGGACUUCAACUACUAUAGCGUUCUGACGACAAUCAUUCAAACACGGUCUUCAGUGCUCAAAUCUCGCUUGGUCUGCGAGGACUGCCUAUACACGGCCCGAGAAGCACUUACCACUCUCCGUGCCUUGCAGCAGGCAUUCGCGACUCAACCCAACUCCAUUAACCCCUACCCUUACUUUCUCACCUGGACCAUGCUUCUAUUCCCUCUAGCGCCGUUCUUCGUCUUGUUCUGCAGUGUGAUUGCAACAUCAAACGAGAAGGAUUUCAAUAUGAUUCAGAAUAUCACUGAUGAUCUGCACCAGUUUGCUGAAGCGAAUGCAUCCAUCGGAAAGUUGUACAAGCUUUUUUCUAGGUUUUUGGAUCUUUGCGCUCCCUUGGUGAAAGCUCAGCCCGAGCAACGAUUGGCAACACCAUCUAUAAUAGAGUCUACCGGCAAGCCUGGCCAAGCGGCAUCGUACACUGAUUUGUUCGAUCGGGCCGCGACCGAAGCCAUGGCAGAUGUCCCAGGGUUGGAUUCUGCUGCAAAAGAGCCCACAGCUUCGCGUGCUGUAGAAGGAUGGGAUGAUAGCCUUGUGUGGGAGCUGUUCGAUAACCAACCAUCAUUAGGAUGGGCUGAGUCGGAUUUAUGGAAUGCCAUGACGCAGUUUGGCGCUACAUAG